CGAUGGGCUCUCCACCAAGACCAGAAGGCGGCCCACCGCCACGACCUGGUAUGCCACCACCACGCCCGGAUGCGCCGCCGCCACGGCCGGGUAUGCCACCGCCUCGACCAGGAGGUGGCCUACCUCCGCGACCUGAUGGGCCGCCGCGACCCAGUGGGCCGUCCGAAAGCACCGUGUCGCCGCCAAAGCCUAGUGCCCCACUGCCGCCAAAGCCCAGCGCCCCACCGCCGCCAGAGCCCUCACCGCCCAAGCCCAGCGUCGCACCCCCAGUCACCUGCAUCGACAACGAUCGGACCACCCACGGGAGCGCCUCCGUCGUCUGUGAUUGGUCCUCCGCCGGGUGCUCCUCCUGCAUCGACGAGUCCGAUCAAGCCGCCGCCGGGUGCGCCACCGAUCAAACCACCUGCGGGUGCGCCGCCGGUCAAGCCCCGCCGGGUGCGCCACCGGUCAAGCCUCCGCCAGGAGCACCACCCGGAGCACCACCAGGACCACCACCGGGAGCGCCGCCUGGACCCCCACCAGGAGCGCCGCCUGGACCCCCACCAGGAGCGCCGCCUGGACCACCACCAGGAGCACCGCCUGGACCACCACCGGGAGUGCCGCCUGGACCACCACCAAGCGCCCCGCCUGGCCCACCGACCAAUGCACCACCGGGGCCACCACUUGAACUUGGUGGUGCAUGAGACCUCGGUGGAAGCCCAGGCGCAGAUCGAGCGUCUGCUGCGGAAAGGUCGCAUGCGCUUUACUCUUCUCGAAGCACGGGGUCUCUCGCGCGCCAAGAACUCGGACGCCAAGUUCAAGGCCGAUGUCUACUGCAAGCUCAAAGUCGGCGCGCACUCGAAAUGCAUGAAGGAGCUCAAGUCCAAAGUGUGGAAAAAGGCUGGUCGGGACGUCGGAUUCCUCGAGGAGCUGCUGCAAGUGAAUUUCGAGUCGCCGUCUCUGAUGGUGCACAAGAACGACGUGCUUUUGACGGUCGAGCUAUGGGAUGAAAACAUGAUUUCGGACGAACUCCUUGGGUAUGCCAACGUGUCACUGCUGCGCUUCUUUGACGGCCUCGAGCACAAGGAAACCAUUCCGCUGCUGCACAUGAAGACCGGGAUGCCCGCCGGUGAAGUCGACAUUUCCUUUUGCAUGCGCAUCGCGACCCCGGGCUUGCUCAGCUUUAUCCUAUUGGAAGGCCGGAAGCUCAAGAACAUGGAGCUCAUCGGGAAGCAGGACCCGUACAUCAAGCUCGAGCACGACGGCCGCAGUAAACGCUCCAAGACGAUCGAAAAAGGGGGCACGAACCCAUACUUUCGCGAGGAAGAAAUCUGCUUUUGGAUCACGGCCGACUCGUGGGUCCAUGAUGUGAUUUUGCGCUGCUAUGACGAAGACGUCGGAAGCGACGACUUCAUUGGCGAAGGCGCGCUCAGUGUCCUCGAGCCGAUGCGUACAUUGGGCGUGCACGAUAUUGUGCUGCCGCUCCUCAAUGGCGGCAAGUCGGCCGGCGAAAUCCUCAUGAAAAUGCAAUUCUACCCCGCGGGGCGGCUCUCGCUCCACUGCAUUGCGGGUCGUCGUCUCCGGGACGUCGACUCGGUCGGCCAGCAGGACCCGUACGUCAAGAUGACGCUCGAAGGCGUCGGGAUCAAGACCGUCGUGCGCACUGAGAUCGACAUGGACGGCGGCACCGAGCCCGAGUGGAAUCAACGCUUUGAGUUUGAUGUCGUCGAUCAAUUUACACUGGCCGUCGAGUGUUGGGAUCACGAUGGUCUCGGCGAAGACGACCUCAUCGGUGAAAUGAGCUUUUCGCUGCUGCCCAUCUUUCGCUACGGCUACCUCGACGAGUGGUACCCGCUGCGCUUCAAAGGCAAGUACGGCGCCAACGAAAAAGUCGGCGAGCUUCAUUUUGAGCUGUCGUUUGUCGCGCCCGCCGACAGCAUUGGCUACCCCCAGCACCAAAUUGGCAUGGACACGUUUGACGCGAGAGAGCGGCUGACCAAAGAGACAGCCCACUUGCGGGCGGCCGCGACCAUCCAGCCCCUGGAUGUGGCCCCCGUCACGUACUCGAAAGCAAUUCAAGACGCCAAGUCGUACGUUGGCGACGACAACACGUCGGAGUUUUCCGAGGCCGAGAUCCUCAGCGCCUUCAAGUUCAUCGACCUCGACAAGAACUCGUUUGUGGGCGCGGCCGAAAUUCGGCACAUUUUGAUUUGCAUGGGCGAGCUCAUCACGGACGCCGAAGUCGACAUGAUGGUCAAGAUGGUCGACCGCGACGGUGACGGACAAGUGUCGUUCGAGGAGUUUCGAAAGCUCGUUAUUCACCCGGAUCCGGGCGACCCGUCGUUCGACAAGGUGGCCGACGCUGCGCCCGUCGAGGUCGCGGCCAAGACUGAGAUUGUUUCGGAAGAAGACCGACGCCGCGACAUGGAGACCAAACUGCAUAAAAAGGCGCUCUUGGACAAAUUCAUCGCGGACAAUAACGUCAACUUGGACAUGCUCCGCCGCGUCUUUGACCGCUUCCUCAAGUCGGAGAAGCAAGGAUUGAGUUUCGAGGACUUUUAUACACUGUUUGAAGUCGAGCCGACGGGCGAGUACCGCAAGCUGCACGCGCUCUACGCCGGCACACAGCUCGCCGACAUUCGCGAUAUUCUGUUGGGCAUGAGCAACUUGCUCGAGAUCGAAAAGAGCAUGAAGGCGCAGUUCUGCUUUGAGAUUUACGACGACGACCACAAUGGCUACAUCACCGAGAACGAGCUCGUCAAUAUCCUCAAGGCGACGCACAUGACGACCGAAGCCCAAGUGCAGAAAAAAGCCAAGACGAUUCUGCGGCAAUGCGACGGCGACGGCGACUGCAAGAUCGAUCUCAACGAGUUUUACCUCAUUUCCAAGAAGUUUCCCAACAUCCUCUUUCCGUCCUUUAGCACCUAAGACUCCAAUGAGAAUUCCAUCUACUG